AUGCAAGAAGAAAAACCUGGAGUAGGAAUCGUCGGCGCUGGUCUUGUUGGGUGCCUUGCUGCAUUGGCAUUCGCUGCUAAGGGCUACUCAGUAUCUUUGUUUGAGCUUAGGCCAGACCCAAGUACCAUUCCCCAGAAGCAAAAAAACUUUAGAUCCAUAAACCUUGCUGUAAGCGAUAGGGGUAUCAGGGCAUUGAGAUAUGUGGACGAGGAAAUGGCAUCCAGAGUGUUGGAGAAUGUCAUUCCCAUGUAUGGUAGAAUGAUCCAUGACUUGAAGGGUAACCAGGAGUCUCAGAACUACGGGCUCUUCGGAGAAAGUAUAAACUCUAUAGAUCGUUCAUAUUUGAACGACCUUUUACUCGAUGAGAUAAAGAGAAACGAUUAUAUCAAUAUCAACUUCAAUUACAAAUUGUCAAAUGUUGAUAACUUGAAUAGUCACCCAACGUUGACCUUCCAAGAUGAGAAUAGCGAAUUGAAAACGUAUGAGUUUGACUAUGUUGUUGGAGCAGAUGGGGCACAUUCCCAGUUUAGAUAUCAAAUGCAAAAGUCAAUGAGAAUGAACUUCAGUCAGGAGUAUGUUGAUAUGCAAUAUUUGGAAUUAUCUAUCCCGGCGAAGAAUGAUGCUGGUGAGUUCCACUAUAGCCCAAAUCAUCUCCACAUUUGGCCAAGACAUGAUUUCAUGUUGAUUGCACUUGCUAAUAAGGAGGGUUCUUUUACGGUUACAUUUUUCAGCCCUUGGAAGAUCAUUGAGCUGUUCCAAAAUAAGGAUGAAUGGUUGGCAUUCUUCACUGAGAAUUUCCCAGAUGCUGUUAAAUUGAUAGGAGAGGAAGAGUUGAAAGAAGCUUUUGAUAAGAAUCCAAGGGGUUCAUUAAUGCAGGUGGGUGUGUAUCCAUAUCAUCACCCCAGUGGUAGAGCAAUUUUGAUCGGUGACGCUGCUCAUCUGAUGGUCCCCUUCUAUGGACAAGGUAUGAACUGUGGGUUUGAAGAUGUUAGGGUACUAAUGGAAUUGAUAGAAUCUCAGGCUGGUGACACUUCAGCGGCGUUCAGAAAAUACUCAGAAGAAAGGCAUGAGGAUUUAAAGAGCAUCUGCAAAUUGGCAAUGGAUAAUUAUCAUGAGAUGUCUUCAAAAGUUACGAGCAAAUGGUUUUUAAUGAGGAAAAAGAUAGACUACGCCUUAGGAAAAUUGGGCAAUGGCAAGUACUUCCAAUGGAUUCCGAUGUAUACCAUGAUCUCAUUCAGAGGCGAUAUACCUUAUUCAAAGGCUGUUGCAAUUGAAGAGAGACAGGCCAAAAUUUUGGGCAGAAUCGAAAUAGGAACGUUGGCUUUAGUUCUUGGAGUUGGAUUAGCAAAGGCUCUACACCAUAUAAGAAAAUAG